CGGACGUGACGCAUGUUGCUCGUCGAGCAGCGAAAAGCGACGGACCCCGCAGUCGUGCCCUCGAGUUUUCUCGCCUCACACGGGGCGGCCAUUUUCAUACAUACAUAGAUAUAAUCCAAGACGGCGCACAAGUCAGCAAGGCUUGGGCAUGGCAAGGCCUACGCAUACGGCAAGACCAGUGCAGCGCUGUACACAACCCACGGCGCCUACUGACGAGCAGACGGGCCCCAACUGAAAAAUACCAACGCUUCGCUGCACGCUAUCCCAGCAGUGCCAGGGUCCGCCAUAAACCAGUUCCACUAUUCUGUGCCUUCCACCGCCCCUCCCCGCUGCUUAGUCAAGCCCGCCGAUGACACUGAUUGAAUUUCUUCUUAGCCUGCACACCCCCAGUCUGUAAUGCUUCCCCCGUGUGCCACACAAUGGACGCUUCCACCUCCCCGGAUGUUGAUGUUCCUCAGACCGAUCCAGCCCAAAUCGACUCUCUCGACCUCAAAGAUUCCCAAGAUGUGGACGACCAGACGUCGCCAAUCAACGAUGAUGCGGAUGAUCAGCCACAGAGGUCUGCCACAGGGCCAAUGCAGAAGCGAAGAAGAGUAACCCGCGCAUGCGACGAGUGCCGAAGAAAGAAGAUUAAAUGCGACGGCAAGCAGCCUUGCACCCACUGCACAGUCUACAGCUAUGAAUGUACAUACGAUCAACCAUCAAACCGUCGCCGGACAGCCGCACCCCAGUACAUUGAGGCCCUCGAGACCCAACUGAAGCGCGCAAAAGGCAUCUUAUCCUUGAUCAUCCCCACUCUCGACCUCAAUGACGGGAGCAUCGACGCCCAUCUCCAGAGCGGCAUUCUGCCCCAGCUCCCACCUGGCGUGUCGCGACAGCCACAGCUUCCUCGCGUGGCUCAACGCCGUGACGAUGGCGCAAAAGCGGAGGUGGCGGAUUCGCAUUUGGAGUCCAUGGUACACGCGACAGGGCAGCUCGAUUUGGAUGAGGAUGGUAAUUGGGACUACCAUGGGCAUUCCUCGGGCUUGAGCUUCAUCCGACGAAUCCAACAAGACUUUAGCCACAUUAUUGGCGACAAAGCCUCCAAAUCACCGCUGUUCGUCAACAACCGUCUCCACCCUCAAAUCCUGGAUUCGCCGAGUUCAAACCAUUUGUCACCAGCCGACUCGUCAAACGUCAAUCCGCCUGGCACCGAUUUGCCACUCAAGAAAGAAGCCAAGAGACUGUGUGACAAGGCUCUGAUUGACGCUGGCGCAAUGCUUCGGGUUGUGCAUCUACCCUCAUUCUACAAGUCUUUGGAUCGUAUAUACGAGACCUCGCCAGAAAAUUACAACAAUGCUGAAAACAGCUUCCUGCCUCUCCUGUACGCAGUACUCGCCUUGGGCACUCUCUUUUCCAAGAAUGAUCUUGAUACCGAUCAGUCGCACUACGAAGCCACAAUCGAGGAAGGUUACAAAUACUUUCGAGCCUCACGGCAACUCUUGGAUAUCGCAGACUGUCGCGAUCUGAUUUCCCUACAAGCCAUUGUGUUCAUGAUACAGUUCCUCCAGAGUUCCGCGAAACUAUCUACCUGCUAUUCGUAUAUUGGCGUAGCACUUCGAUCUGCUCUGCGCAUGGGACUCCACCGGUCGUUCAAUAUCAACUUCACUCCAAUCGAGGCGGAAACUCGCAAACGUCUGUUUUGGGUGAUCUGGCGGAUGGACACAUACGUGGGGGCAAUGCUUGGCCUUCCCCUUUUCCUCGAUGAUGAAGAUGUUGAUCAGGAUUAUCCAACCGAAGUGGACGACGAAUACAUCACCGAGACGGAGAUUCUAACCAUGCCCAAGGGUUCUAUUUCUGUCAUGGCCGCUUCCAAUGCGCACGCAAAAAUCAUCCAAGUCCUGGCAAAAGUUUGCAAAUAUGUCUAUCCUACGAAAGGCACCCAGUCAGGCGGUAAGUACUCGGUUACUUACUCAGUGAGCUAUUCGAAGAUACGAGAGAUAGAACAAGACAUGCAAAAUUGGCUAGAGGAGCUGCCAAUGGCGCUGAAGCCUGGAGGCGAAGCUCCCCCAAUCAUUAUCAGGGUACAACAACUCCUACGUAUGGCUUUUGCUCAUGCCCAGCUACUUCUAUAUCGGCCAUUUCUGCAUUACGUCUCCCAAUCGAACAGAGAUAAGCCCUCUGUUGACCAAAGGGCCUUCGCUUGCGCGUCUGCCUGCGUCAGUGUUUCUCGUAACAUCAUCCAUAUCAUGGCUGAAAUGAAAAGGAAAGAUUUACUCAUUGGUGCUUACUGGUUUUCAAUGUAUACAACUUUCUUUGCUAUCAUGACUCUAUUAUACUUUGUCUUGGAGCACCCAGAUAGUCCCACAAGCUAUGAACUGUUCAAGGAUGCCGCAGAAGGCAAGCAACUACUAGACGAGUUUGCGAAACGUAGCUUGGCGGCUGAUAGGUGCUCGGCCACGCUCAAGGCAAUCUUCGACAAGUUACCCGACUCAGUCACACAAGCAAGCGACAGUGUUGAGAGUAAGAAACGUAGACAGGAGAGCUUACCACAAUCUAUGCAAAGUCGUCCACACCUUCUCAAGCAAGACUCAGACUUUGUUGCCACCAGCCCGAGACGUGCUCAGACCUUCCCGGAGAGCACGGCAGGUACCAAACGAACUGCGCUUCCUCUAUCACAGGCCCAUCUCGCGAAUCUCGGCGUGGAUCCGGCCUACAACUCCCCUUCUCAAUCAAGCCCCGAUCUGUUCGAAACAACACCCAGUCUUACGCCCACUUCUGUGACCCCUAGUAGUAUGAGUAGCUAUGGAAUGGCCGCUGGUCCCAGCCACCCCUCAAGGCCCGGACCGUCUUUCCCCAUGACACCCUUGUCGCAUAAUUACCCAGAGCAUUCCGGUCUCAGUGUUCCACUGUCUGAUAUCAAUACCAUGAUGUUCCCCACGGCCGAUCCCAUGCAAUAUCCGAACCAAGCAAUGACCACAUUCGAAGAUACUCACCCGCAACCCUUUGUAUAUAAGCAUGGAUCUCCCAACAUAACGCAAUUGCCCUUUCAUCAAGUUUCCGGUGUCGAAAUCAAACCAAACCCUGCAACAUAUGGUGGACUGGGUAACGUACAGAUGGGACCGCGGAGGCCGGACAACGAGGUGCAAUUAUUGGGACCUAUGCCCAUGUAUCUAAUGCAAGGAGCGCAGCAACGAGGUUUCAACCCACCCCCGGGGCUCCAAUCAGCACACAUACCGAAUCAAGAAAGCGGUAAUAUGAGCUUCGAUGAGCUAUUCAGUGGAGAAGAGUGGGCCCAGACAUUCAUGGAUCAAGGUCUCGGUCUCAGUGGCAAUCCUGCUGCUGGGAGUGCUGGUGCCAGUUACCCUAGAAAUUCGCAAUAUGGUUCGGGUGGGCCAGGUAUGGGAAACUGGCAGUAA